CACCUUUCCUCAGCAUUUAGAUAAUUCGAACAGCUCUUAUCAUGGCUGCCACUUAGCUACUUCCGGGUCAUUUCACUCAGUUAGGAACCUUCUUAAACUGUUCGGCCGCAAACCCCGCUCUUUUCAUUCAUUCAUGAUUAUUAACCGAGCAGUUUGGCAUUGUUUUGUUGCAAUCGGCUCUUUGUUUUCGCAGAUAGAGAUUUUUGUCGUCCCAUUCAAGUAAUUUAACGUUGAAAUGCUUAGCACGGUAACACAGUUUACAUUGUAGCUAACUGAUGAUAUCUAAUUUAGCUAGUUAGCUACAAGCGGUGUGUCUAUUGAACAAACCGGUGAGGCCUACCUGAUCCUCAGUCUUUAACGUUACUGUGGAGGCUCUACCGAAGACGAACAAACCAACAUUUACCCGGUUUGCCUCAAUUCAAAUACAACGCCUGCGAAAAGAUGGAAGCUCCUCCUGUUACAGUCAUGCCUGUCACCGGUGGCACAAUCAAUAUGAUGGAAUACCUGCUGCAAGGUAGUGUGUUAGACCAGGCUCUGGAAAGCCUCUUGCAUCGCCUUCGAGGUCUGUGUGACAACAUGGAACCUGAGACUUUUACAGAUCAUGAACUGGUUUAUCUUCUGAAAGGCCAACAAGGAAACCCUUUCAUUCUGCGUGCCCGGCGCUCCCUCUCCCACCCCACAUCUCCAUGGCACCUACGCUACCUAGGCCAACCUGAAGUGGGAGACAAGAGCCGCCAUGCUCUGGUGCGCAACUGUGUUGAUGUGGCUGCCUCUCACAGCCUGCCGGAGUUCCUCAAUGAGAUGGGCUUUCGCAUGGACCACGAGUUUGUGGCCAACGGGCACAUUUUCCGCAAAGGCGCUAUGAAAAUUGUGGUUAGCAAGCUGUCACGCAUCCUGGUACCGGGGAACACAGAGAACACAGAGCGUCUAUCACUUUCAUACCUGGUGGAGCUGAGUGUGUUGGCUCCCGCUGGCCAGGACACUGUGUCAGAGGACAUGCGCAGCUUUGCUGAGCAACUCAAACCCUUGGUUCACCUGGAGAAGAUUGACCCCAGUAAACAGAGACAUUGAAUCAUUUAGAGAGUCAAGUCAUCUCUGACUACUAUGGACAAUUUAGAUCUCCUAUUUUUCUUUUUUUUUAUGAUAUUUACAUUUUACCUAAAAUUAAAUACAGUGCAACUUUGACUUACA